AUGAGGUUGCUCGUACCCCUGAUGCUCCUCGCGAGCCUUGUGAUAGAACUAGCUGUGGCCGACAAGCUGAGAAUUGACCGAAAGGCCGUGGUUCAAUCUUUCAACCCAACAAGGACAGAAAGCUCACCUGAAACUCCUUUGCAAGUCGGCAAUGGGAACUUUGCCUUUGGCGCAGACAUCACCGGCCUCCAGACGUUUGGGCCGUUUUCCACGCUGUCGACUUGGGGCUGGCAUAAUUUUAGCUUGCCUAAGACACCGGGCCAGACGCAGGUAUCAGACUAUCAUGGUACAGACUGGUGGACCCAUGGCCGUCUCGUUAACUACAACAUGGUCAGCCCCAACGAGAGCGAGAUUGGGAACUGGCUUCGAGAGAAUCCCCAUCGAAUUAACCUUGCGAGAAUCGGACUCGUCUUUGGAGAUCAAAAUAUAACUGAAGCUGCGCUUUCUAACAAAACACAAACUCUGAAUAUGUGGACCGGCAUUCUCACCUCCCAAUUCACAUACAAAGACGCCUUGGUGACGGUUGAGACGGCAUCGGACCCAGAGACGGAUACUCUCUCAAUAACAGUGAAAUCAUCGCUUCUUUCCUCCGGCAAUAUCGGGGUGGUUUUUGAUCUCCCUUAUCCUGUCAAUCAGAAAUUCGAAGCCCCAUCCGUUGGAACCUUUGACAGUCCGGAGAAGCACUCUAGCUCCCUCACUCAGUGUGCGGCGGGCAGCCACGGCACAAGAGCCAGGAUCGUUCACGAGCUUGACAAUACUACUUACAGUUUGCAUCUAAACUGGAACUCGGCUGACAAGAUUGCCAGGCCAGAUCCAAACACUCAUAGAUACUACUUGUACCCUAAAAGUUCUGAUACGUUGAGCUUGACAAUCGACUUUUCUGAGACAGGUCGCUCACAUAAUUCCGUGGAUGCCUCAAAGGUUCAGGAACGAUCUAGAGAUUGGUGGAGAAGUUUCUGGGAAUCAGGUGCAUUCAUUGACCUGACGGGAUCUAAGUCGGAGGCAGCGCAAGAACUUCAGCGCAUCACUGUCCAGUCUUUGUACCUCGAAGCAGUCAAUAUCGCUUCCGACUUGCCUCCUCAAGGUUUGGUCAACAACGGAUGGUACGGAAAGUUUCAUGUAAGGAAAAGUUCAUUAAACUCAGCGAUGAUGUCUCUGAUAAUUUUAAAACAGAUGGAAAUGUACGGCUGGCACACUUUCCAGUUUGCACGAUGGAAUCAUUGGCCUCUGUAUUGGCGCUCCGCGAACCACACAUAUCAACUCCUUCUAGACGAUGCACUCAGUCGAGCAAAGAGGCAGGGAUACGAAGGUGCGCGAUGGGGCAAGAUGACAGGAUCCAACCUCGUCGAUAGUCCAGGAGAGAUCAACACUCUUCUCAUCUGGCAGCAGCCUCACGCGAUGUACUUUGCAGAACUCGAAUAUCGCCAGUUUCCAAGCCCGGAGACGCUUGAGAAGUGGGAUAAGGUCCUUUCGGCCACGGCAGACUUCAUGUACUCGUACGGAUUUUGGAAUGAAUCCUGUUAUCAACUUGGUCCACCAAUGUAUCCCAUCUCCGAAAAUACUCAACCAAACUCGACCGUCAACCCGACUUUUGAGCUAGCCUACUGGCGCUAUGGCCUCGAAGUUGCAUCCAACUGGAAGAAACGCCAGGAGAAGCCGGUGCCGUCUCACUACACGGAGAUGCUAGAGAAGUUGUGCCCUCUCCCCGUCGACAAUGGCACAUACCCUAUUUAUGAAGGUAUACCUGAUAUGUGGAUCGAUAACAACACAGUUACUGACCACCCGGGAAUGGCUGGAAUCUACGGUCUUCUCCCGCCGCCUUCAGACCGAGAUGCUCUGGACUUGGGAAUCGUCCGCCACACGGCCGACCGCAUUCAUGAGGUCUGGGACUUACCGAACUCAUACGGGUGGGAUUUUCCAAUGUUAGCAAUGAACUCCCUUAGGUUGGGGGAUGUGGACCGUGCGAUAGAGUACCUGCUUCACCCUUCGUUCGAUUUCGAUGAUGCCGGGUAUCCAACUGGGGGCACAAGAGUUCCUCGACCGUACUUCCCAAGCUCGGGAUCAUUUCUGCUCGCCAUGGCAAUGAUGGCUGGGGGCUGGGAUGGAGAGGAGUAUCCGCAUUUUCCUGACGACUGGGCUGUGAAGGUGGAAGGCUUCACCCCGGCGAUGUAA